AACCCUUUCGUUGCGGUAGGUGGACUGCACCGUUGGAAAGUGGAAGCCACACACGAGCGAUUGAUUAUUCAGCGAAGGAUUCGCGUUUCCCAUGUGCCCUGCGGCUUCCAGACUUCGUUUCUCUGCUCCCUUGGGCUUUGGUUCCCCACGAUGCAGCAUCCUCGCUUUGCUCUCCUUCAAUCCCUCCGCUCCUCUCCCUCUCUUUUCUCUCUCUAGGGUUCCUCUUCUCCUCCCGACCCAAAUCCCAACCUCGAAUUACUCCUCCCUCUUCGCAACUGAAUGCUAAGUCCGAGAUGAGCGUGGUCGGCUUCGACGUCGGCAACGACAGCUGCGUCAUCGGCACCGUGAGGCAGCGCGGCAUCGACGUCCUCCUCAAUGAUGAGUCCAAUCGUGAGACUCCCGCCGUCGUCUGCUUUGGCGACAAACAACGUUUCAUUGGGGCUGCCGGCGCUGCCACCGCCUCCCGCUUCCCCAGAGAUACCGCCUCCCAAGUCAAGCGCCUCAUUGGCCGCCCUUUCCGCGAUCCCGUGGUUCAGGAUGACCUUCGCCGCCUCCCAUUCCAUGCCUCCGAGUCUCCUGACGGUGGGAUCUUGCUCCGCGUCGACUUCCUGAACGAACAGCGUGCCUUCACCCCCGUCCAGAUCCUCGCCAUGCUCCUCGCCCACCUGAAACAGAUUGCGGAUAAGAACCUGGAGACAGUGGUCACCGAUUGCGUCAUUGGGAUUCCGUCCUACUUCUGCGACCUCCAACGGAGGGCCUAUCUCGAUGCUGCUGCGAUCGCUGGUCUGAAUCCGCUACGAUUGAUGCACGACUGUGCUGCCACGGCAUUGGGGUAUGGAAUCUAUAAGACCGACCAGUACCCACGGGGGUCUUCCUCCUGCGUAGUUUUUAUCGACAUUGGUCACUGUGACACCCAGGUUUCCAUUGUGAGAUUCGAACCUGACAAAAUGAAUGUUCUAUCACAUGCUUUCGAUGCAAAUUUGGGUGGGAGGGAUUUCGAUGAGGUUCUGUUCAAUCACUUUACCGAGCAAUUCAAGGAGCAGUACCAGAUUGAUGUUCAUUCUAAUGUACGUGCCAGCAUCAGGUUGAGGGCGGCUUGUGAGAAACUGAAGAGGGUUCUAAGUGCAAACAUGGAGGCUCCCCUGAAUAUAGAGUGUUUGAUGGAUGAGAAAGAUGUGAAGGGAUAUAUCAAGAGGGAAGAAUUUGAGAGGCUAUGCACAAGUUUGUUUGACAGACUCUUAGAACCAUGCAAGCGAGCUUUGGAGCAUUCAGGACUGAAACGUGAUCAAAUAAACACCAUUGAGCUUGUUGGCUCUGGCUCACGAAUCCCUGCAAUAACAAAGAUUUUGACAGAGUUCUUUAGGAAGGAGCCAAGCCGAACACUCAAUGUUAGUGAAUGUGUUGCCAGGGGCUGCGCCCUUCAUUGUGCUAUGCUCAGUCCCAUAUUUAAGGUUAAGGAUUAUGAGGUGCUAGAUUCUUUUCCUUUCUCAGUUAAUUUUGCAAUGGAUGAAGAUCCUAUUACAACUGUGUCAAGUAAUGCUGUAUUGCGGAAGGGCCAACUGAUUCCAAGUGUUAAAGUACUUUCUUUCUAUCGAACUAGUUCAUUUAAAAUGGAAGCAUUUUAUGCCAACCAAAGUGAACUUCCACCUGGUACCUCAGUAAAAAUCAGCUGCUACCAGGUUGGACCUUUUCCCAUCAAUGAAGGUAAAAGACAGAAAAUUAAAGUGAAAGUUAGGUUGAAUCUUCAUGGAAUUGUUUAUCUGGAAUCAGUCUCAUUGAUUGAAGAUGAAAACAGUAAUCCAGUUUCAAGGGAUGCAAGACAAAUGGAUAAGAUGGAAAUUGAGUCUGCUUUCAAUGGAAAAUCUUACAUGCACAACAAUGGAAUAGCUGAAAAUAAUCAAUAUGGAUCUGUGUCUUCGGUUGAUAAAUCAAAAACAGACAUACACCCUAGAAGGCAUGCAUUGCUAAUUACAGAGACAGUAUAUAAUGGAACAACAAAAAAAUGGUUGUUGGAAGCCCAAGAACAAGAAAAGUGGCUUGCUUAUCAGGACAAACAAAUGGAGAACACAAAAGACAAAAAAAAUGCACUGGAAGCUUAUGUGUAUGAAGUGCGGAAUAAGCUUUUUGGGGGAUAUGGAAGUUUUGCUAGUGAUUCUGAAAGGAAAGAAAUUUCUUCUAGUCUACAGCAGACUGCAGAUUGGCUCUACGAGGAUGGAGAUGAUGAAACUGAAAAAGUUUACACUAGUAAAUUGGAAGAAUUAAAGAAGCUGGUAGAUCCCAUUGAGAACAGAUUCAAGGAUGAUGAAGCAAGAGCUCAAGCUACAACAGAACUUUUGAAGAGCAUAGUUGACUAUAGAAUGGCGGUAUCUUCCUUUUCAACCACCGAACGAGAUGCUGUAAUAAACGAGUGCAAUAAAGCUGAGCAGUGGGUGCGGGAAAUGUCUCAACAACAAGAUUCAUUGCCUAAGAACGCAGAUCCAAUAUUAUGGUCUCAUGAAAUUAUGCAAAGGAGGGAAGCCUUGGACAUGUUGUGUAAAAAUGUUUUGAGACACAAGGGAUCUCAAUCAAGAAUUGAUGACUCCAGAGGCUCAGACUACUCUAACUCUUCGCACUCUGACAACUCCAUGGUCGAUUGAUUUAUUCAGUUCAGUGAUUCUUUCUUCUCAUCGCAUUGCAUGCUCGUAACCAGCUGCUUGCACUUUUUAAGUUCAUAUCAAUGCUCAAGACAACAAUUUACAAAUCCCAGCAUGAAGGUUUCUGAGAUUUGAAGCCUUCUAUACUGCAGUAGUCUUAAAUUUUGCAUUCCACGCGCACUACGAUACCUCUUAUUAUAGAUAUAUAUAUAUAUAUCAAGUCAGUAUCAACUUGCAUGUAUAUUAUUGACUGGUUCCUGCGUCGGCAAUGCCUUCGCAUAAUUUUGUCAAGGAGUCUCUAGCUCUCUAUAGUUAUCCUCC